AUGGCGCAACCAAACUCGGUGAAAGUAAUCAAGGUUUGCAGGGUGACUCCAUUCAAGGGUUCACCGGAUUCUGCCCCACCAGAGGAUCAGUACUUGCUUUCACUAACCUUCUAUGACUUGAUCUGGCUAAGGUUUCCAACAAUUCAACGCAUUUUCUUCUUCCAAACACCUUCAUGCCCUAAUUCCAUACUCCCCAACCUCAAAACCUCACUCUCUUACACUCUCAAACACUUUCUUCCCCUCGCCGGAAAUCUCACAUGGCCCCAAGACUCCUCAACACCUGUCUUCGGCUAUGCCAAAGGUGACACCGUUUCGCUCACUAUAGCCAAGUACUCUAAUCCUGAAGACUUCCACCACCUAUCCGGAAGCCAAUUUAUUGAAGCCGAAAAGUACCAUCCCCUCGUUCCCCAACUUGAAGCUUCUGCACCGAUAGCUUUGCAGGUAACUCUGUUUCCCAACAACGGUUUUUCCAUCGGCACAGUCAUGCACCACGCCGUCAUGGACGGAAAAUCUUACACCUCGUUCAUUAAGUCAUGGGCUCACGUAUGCAAACAUAUAGUUGAAUCCGGAUCCUCCUGUACCAUUUCAUUACCGCAACAGCUAGAACCAUUUUAUGAUAGAACCGUCGUUCGAGACCAGGCGGGGCUCGCAGAACUCUACUCUAGCCACUACCUGAAUGACCACGGCCCCAACAACAGAAGCGUAACGCCUUCCUUGCAUUCAAUAAUGGACGUUAAACCAGACUCGAUCAGAGGCACAUUUGAGCUCACACGCGAGAAAAUACAAGCACUUAGAGAGCAUGUGGUGAAGACUGUAAAGGCUUUUGAUUCAUCUUCACUUCAUUUAUCAACGUUUUCUUUGACAUGCGCAUUCUGUUGGGUUUGCUCAGUCAAGGCUCAAGAAAUCAAAGGCGGCAAAACCGCUUUAAUUUUUGCAAUGGAUGCUAGGGCUCGCUUGGAUCCUCCUAUACCCGCAACGUAUUUUGGAAACUGCGUUGUGGGUGGUGUAGCAGUUGCAGAAACAAAAGAGCUAGUGGGAGAUGAUGGCUUGGUUGUGGCAUUAAGUGCAAUUACCGAAGCUUUUACGAGUUUAAUUAAAAAGGGGGUCCUGAAUGGGGCGGAGUCGUGGAUGUCCAACUUCAUUGAUUUUUCCCUAUAUGAGAGGGUGUUUUCGGUGGCUGGUUCACCACGCUUUGAGGUUUAUGAUACGGAUUUUGGAUGGGGGAGGCCGAAGAGGACCGAGGUGGUUUCGAUAGAUAAGACGGGAGCCAUCUCUCUCUCAGCUAGCAGGAAUGGCGGUGGAGCGGUUGAGGUUGGGCUGGUUCUGGACAAACAGUAUAUGAAGACUUUUGCUACUUUAUGUGAUGCAAUUUAA